GCAAUUCCAUUUCUACGUUUGAAGCAGCUGGAGCUGCCAAAAGAAAAGCAUAUAACAAAAAAAACCGAAAUCAAACCAAAACAAAUACUACAAAUAAAACGCAAUAAUCUAAAGGAAGCAAGACAUUAAAAAAAACAUAGCAAGAAUCUACACAAACAAAAUAAACAAAUUAAAGUUUGGCGACAACGUGUUAAGAAUCGGCAACGUGUUCAAAAUGCAAUUACCCCAAGGAGCAUUAAGUUUGCUGUUUAUCACUUGCAUGAUGUUUGUCCUGACAAGCGGCCAUCCAUCAAACGACAAGCUUAAGAUACGUAUCCACGUGCCGGUGAAGCAUCACACGCAUGUGCACACCAAGACGGUCAUAAAGAAAGUGCCGUUACCCAUCCCGGUGCCGGUCAAGGAGCACAAGGAGCCCAAGAAGCACCAUCGCAGCAGUCACAGUCAUCAUUAUCACGAGCAGGACGAGCUCGAUGAUGACUUCGAGGGUUACGAGUAUCCCAUCAAGGCCAAGCGACGUACGCGGCAUCCUUUUGUCUAAGGUUCGGACCUUUGGGCGUGGCUAAAUUGUGGGCGUGUCGUGACACACUAGCCCACACACAACAACGAAAAGCAAACAUCAACAUUUAGACAUCACAUACUCACAUCUUAAGCAACAUAUAAACCAAAAUAAUGAUCAAAUCGUAUGACGAAACUCACAAAAUCUGGGUGUGAUUUGUCACUAUUUAGACUGUAAGCGUAACAUUUUCUGUGCAAUAAAUAAACAAAUAAACGAAAUAAAUCUUAAAUUUAAGCACAACUUAAAGUCAACU